AGAGAGUCCUUUGCAGAUCUCAUCUCCACUCUUCUUUACACUCUACAGCUCCCACUCCUUACCAUUUUUUUUUAAUUUCAAAUUCAAAAAAAAAAAAAAGAUUUUCCAUUGUUACACCUUCAAGAAAAAAUAGCUUAUUAGGAGUGACCAAAGGUUAACACAAUCUGGUUUAAAGCUUAGUAAAAUUGAGAAAAUAUGCAGAAGCCACCACAGGCUGUAGAUUUUGCUCUAAAGGAGACCUCACCGAAGAUCGGUGCAGGCGCAAUCACAGGAGAUAAGCUCUCAUGUACUUAUGAUCUUGUUGAGCAAAUGCAGUACCUUUAUGUUAGAGUUGUUAAAGCCAAAGAUUUGCCUGGAAAAGAUGUAACAGGUAGUUGUGAUCCUUUUGUUGAAGUGAAACUUGGGAAUUACAAAGGUGUUACUAAGUAUUUCGAGAAGAAAUCGAACCCCGAAUGGAACCAAUGUUUUGCUUUCUCUAAAGAAAGAAUUCAAGCUUCAACAUUAGAAGUUGUUGUUAAAGAUAAGGAUGUUGUGAUUGAUGACAUAAUUGGUAGAGUUAUGUUUGAACUUAAUGACAUACCGAAAAGGGUUCCUCCAGAUAGUCCUUUGGCGCCACAAUGGUAUAGAUUGGAAGAUAGGAAAGGUAGUAAGGCUAAAGGAGAGCUUAUGUUAGCUGUGUGGAUGGGAACUCAAGCUGAUGAGGCUUUCCCCGAAGCUUGGCAUUCUGAUGCUGCGUCGGUUAGUACUGAUGGCGUUGCUAAUAUUAGAUCAAAAGUUUACCUUUCUCCAAAGCUUUGGUAUGUUAGAGUGAAUGUGAUUGAAGCUCAAGAUUUGCAGCCUGGUGAUAAGACUAGGUACCCUGAAGUUUUUGUCAAAGCUGUGCUUGGAAAUCAGGCUUUGAGGACUAGAACAUCACCGAGUAAGAGUAUUAAUCCGAUGUGGAAUGAGGAUUUGAUGUUUGUUGUUGCUGAGCCUUUUGAGGAGCCUUUGAUUCUUAGUGUGGAAGAUAAAGGUGAAGUGUUGGGGAAGUGUUUGAUUCCAUUGCAGAAUGUUCAGAAGAGACUUGAUCAUAAGCCUGUCAACACUAGGUGGUUUAAUCUCGAAAGGUAUAUAAUGGUAGAUGGGGAACAGAAGAAAGAUACUAAAUUUGCUAGUAGGAUUCAUUUGAGGAUUUGUUUGGAUGGAGGGUAUCAUGUUUUGGAUGAAUCAACACAUUAUAGUAGCGAUUUAAGGCCGACGGCUAAGCAAUUGUGGAGACCGAGCAUUGGGAUUUUCGAGCUGGGAGUCAUAAGUGCCAUGGGACUUAUGCCAAUGAAAACCAAAGAUGGUAGAGGAACAACAGACGCGUAUUGUGUAGCUAAGUAUGGACAGAAAUGGGUUCGAACUAGAACAAUCGUCGAUAGCUCAACUCCUAAAUGGAAUGAGCAGUACACAUGGGAGGUUUUCGACCCUUGUACUGUCAUUACAAUUGGAGUUUUCGACAAUGGACACAUUCAUGGAGAGAAAGGAGGAAGUGGGAAAGAUGCAAGGAUUGGUAAAGUGAGAAUUCGCCUCUCAACACUCGAAACUGAUAGAGUUUACACUCAUUCAUACCCUCUUCUAGUGCUGCAUUCAUCUGGUGUGAAAAAAAUGGGAGAAGUUCAAUUAGCAGUGAGGUUCACAUGCUCAUCUUUAAUCAACAUGUUGCAUAUGUACUCACACCCUUUACUCCCCAAAAUGCAUUACAUUCACCCCUUGUCUGUUAUCCAACUAGAUAGUUUGAGACACCAAGCUAUGCAAAUCGUUUCGAUGAGACUAACAAGAGCUGAACCAGCUCUAAGAAAAGAGGUUGUGGAAUACAUGCUUGAUGUUGAUUCACACAUGUGGAGUAUGAGAAGAAGCAAAGCUAAUUUCUUCAGAAUCAUGGGAGUUCUAAGUGGUUUAAUUGCAGUUGGAAAAUGGUUUGAUCAAAUUUGCAAUUGGAGAAACCCCAUUACAACUAUACUAAUUCACAUACUAUUCAUCAUACUAGUUCUUUACCCUGAAUUGAUUCUCCCAACUGUUUUUCUUUACCUUUUCUUGAUUGGUAUUUGGAACUUCAGAUGGAGAUCAAGACACCCUCCUCACAUGGACACAAGGCUUUCACAUGCUGAUGCUGUUCACCCCGACGAGCUAGACGAGGAAUUCGAUACAUUCCCAACUUCAAGGCCUUCAGACAUUGUUAGGAUGAGAUAUGACAGACUUAGGAGCAUAGCAGGCAGAGUUCAGACAGUUGUUGGUGAUUUGGCAACACAAGGAGAAAGAUUUCAGUCUCUUCUUAGUUGGAGAGAUCCAAGAGCAAGCACAUUGUUUGUGACAUUUUGUUUGAUUGCAGCCAUUGUUUUGUAUGUUACUCCAUUCCAAAUUGUGUUACUUCUUACAGGGAUUUACAUGUUGAGGCACCCGAGAUUUCGCCAUAAGCUUCCUUCUGUUCCUCUCAACUUUUUUAGAAGAUUGCCUUCAAGAUCAGAUAGCAUGUUGUAAAAGGAUCAAGGAGAAAGACUUGCUUAAUUAUUAGUUGUUGUUGUUGUUGUUGCAUUUGAUGUUUUUAUUUGGAAUUAUGUUUAAUGUGUAAUGAAAAACAUGUUUUAGUUUGUUUUUGAGUUCAUUAGUCUUUAUGUUUUGACUUCAAUGAAUGCAUUUCAUGUAAUGUAAUAUAAUAAAUAAACAUGAAUAAAAAUGAUUGAGGGUGUGUUCUUAUUUGGUAUUUA